AUGCGGGGUGGUAUACGCCUCGCAGUGAUAUGCGUCUCCUCUUUGCUUCUUUUCUCACUGUACCUCCUUGAGGCGCAUCUCGAAGACCUCUGUAAUCAAUAUCGUGCUGGCGCAUACUUGGUUGAUUGGUUGGAUCGCAAUGGCGCUGUUCCAAGCCCGCAAUACGCCGAUACCACCGUGGGGGACAAGGUAAUAGUGAUGGCCAAGCUGGAAGAGGAGAAUACUCAAUGGGUGGAGCAAGAGCUGCCUGACUGGCAACGCGCAAUCUACAUUGUCAACCCCUCCCGAGACACACGAUCCGACGCCAAUGCCCUGAUGACACCCUUCAACAAAGGCCACGAAGCCAUGGCCUACUUAACCUACAUAAUCGACAAGUACAACAACCUCCCCUCAACAAUCGCCUUCCUCCACGCGCACCGCUCAGGCUUUUUAAUGGCCUGGCACGUAGAUGCGCCACUCCACGACAAUGUCAUCGCCAUGCGCAAUCUUCAACUCCCCUUCAUCCAGCGCAACGGCUACGUCAACCUGCGCUGCAAUUGGAACCCCGGCUGCAAGGGCGCCCACCGCUUCAACAAGCAUGUCACCGAUCAGAUCUGGUGGGAUGUCUUCGAGGGAACGAGUACGCCUCCGCUGAACAUGUCUUCACCUUGGGAAAUGGAAUAUGGGGGGCAAAAAUACCUCCGCAAGCCCGAUGAGAUUGGCGCGGCAUGCUGUGCGCAAUUCGCCGUUUCGCGCGAUCAGGUGCAGAAGCGACCGCUGAAUGACUAUGUCAAGAUCCGGCAAUGGAUUCUUGAUACGGAAUUGAAUGAUGCAUCCUCCGGUAGGGUGAUGGAGUUCUUGUGGCAUAUUAUCUUUGGCAUGGAGGGUAUAUACUGCCCCGAUGAACAGCUAUGCCAAUGCCAGGUCUACGGGAGGUGUUGA